GCUCUCUCACUGCGAAGCAACCUAGUUGGAGGAAGGUGAGCCACGGCACUAGACCGUUAGAUGCAUCCACGCGAAGAUGCCUGAACGAAUGUGUUUGCCUUUGUGAAUGAUGCCGCAGGCACGACGCGAGUGUGGUGUUUGCUGUUCCCUCUUCUUGGUCAUCCCUCGAUGGAUGCGGUGUCGACGGACAUGCUCAAGGCGCGAGCAGCGCUACGGGAGCGGCUGGGCGAUGGUGUGAGGACGGGAGGGAAGGGCAGUGCCCGUCGCAAGAAGCGAGCGGCACACAAGCCAGCGACGACCGACGACAAGCGCCUGCAGAACACGCUCAAGCGCCUGGGAGUCAACAACAUCCCUGGCAUCGAGGAGGUCAACCUCUUCAAGGACAACUCCACCGUCAUUCACUUCGUCAACCCCAAGGUCCAAGCAUCCAUCUCGGCAAACACCUACGUCGUCAGCGGACAUGCAGAAAGCAAAAGUAAGCACGGUGGGUCAAUGCAUCGACGGAUGAAUGGCCAAGCACACCCACACCCACACCCAAAACACCCCACGCAUACAUACAUACAUACAUGCAUACAUGCAUACAUCCCUACGCGCGAGAGAGGAGACACAAGAGCUAAAGGCUCGUACAUGUGAUGCACCUGACUCACCCCAUGCCGUGCCCUGUGUGUGGUGUGGUGCGAUUGGUUUGGCCGUUCAGAGCUGCAAGACAUGCUGCCGGGUAUCGUGUCGCAAUUGGGUGCGGAGAACUUCAACCAGCUCAAGAAGGCGAUGGAUGCGGGCGGUGGGAUGGGUGGUAUGGGCGGCAUGGGCGGCAUGGGUGGGCUGCAGGGCAUGAUGGGCGGCAUGAACAUGGGCGGCCUACAGGCCGCCAUGGCCAACAUGGGGGGCAUGGCCGGCAUGGCCGACGCCGCACUCGGCGGCGGACGCGGGACAGGCGAGCCAAUGGACGCUGACGAAGACGACGACGAUGACGACAGCGAGGAGGACGUUCCCGAGCUGGUGGACAACUUCGAGGGAUUUGCAGAGGGCCAAUGAAUGGGGAUGGGACUCAAGGAAGAGGACUCAGUGUGUGCGGCCCUGGGAGG